CGCUCUGCCCUGGGUUUUCAGCCCCGCCCCUGUCCCGUGCGCCGCCGCUGGCUGCAGCCCCCGGACCCCUACCAUGGAAGAGACAGUAGAAGAUCCCGCCACAUCAGCUGUCUUGCUGGACCCUUGUCAUUUCUCUCAGGUCAUCUUUAACAGUGUGGAGAAGUUCUACAUCCCUGGAGGGGACAUCACAUGCUAUUACACCCUCACCCAGCAUUUCACUCCCCGUCGAAAGGAUUGGAUUGGCAUCUUUAGAGUGGGAUGGAAGACAACCCGUGAGUACUACACCUUCAUGUGGGUUACUCUGCCCAUUGACCUAAACAGCAAAUCUGCCAAACAGCAGGAGGUCCAAUUCAAAGCUUAUUACCUGCCCAAGGAUGAUGAGUAUUACCAGUUCUGCUAUGUGGAUCAGGAUGGUGUGGUCCGGGGGGCAAGUAUCCCUUUCCAGUUACGUCCAGAGAAUGAGGAGGACAUCCUGGUUGUUACCACUCAGGGCGAGGUGGAAGAGAUCGAGCAGCACAACAAGGAGCUCUGCGAAGAAAACAAGCAGCUGAAGGACAGCUGUGUCAGCCUCCAGAAGCAGAACUCAGACAUGCAGGCUAGGCUCCAGAAGAAGCAGGAGGAGCUGGAAACCCUAAAGAGCAUCAAUAAGAAAUUGGAGCAGACGAUGAAGGAGCAGAAGGACUGCUGGGAGACAGAGCUUCUCCAGCUGAAAGAACAAAACCAGAAGAUGUCCUCAGAAAAUGAGAAGAUGGGAGUCAGAGUGGAUCAGCUUCAGGCCCAGCUGUCAAUUCAAGAGAAAGAAAUGGAGAAGCUUGUUCAGGGAGUUCAAGAUAAAACAGAGCAUUUGGAGCACCUGAAAAAGGAAAGUGACCAGCUCUUUGUCAGUUUAACUGAACAGAUGGAGGACAACCCACAGCUGACUUACACGGGUCUGAAUUAUGACUCUUCGCCGUAUCAAGCGCCUACUUCGAAUCAAGAAGGUGCAAGACAAAACCCAGGACUUGUCUAUGGAAACCCAUAUUCUGGUAUCCAAGAAAGUUCUGCCCCCAGCCUGCUCUCCAUCAAGAACUGCCCCACCUGCAAAUCGGACUUUGCUGAUGACUUGUUUUAUCACACCUUGGAGCAGCACACGCAGACCCUUAGUUUGAAUUGUCCAAUUUGCGACAAGACCUUCCCAGGAAAAGAGAAGCAGAUCUUUGAAGACGAUGAGUUCUUCCACGGUCUCUAAGUGUCCCAGCCUCUUGGAUCGAUAGUGUACAUGGAUUUUAUAGAGUAAAACCUAUAGCUUCUACUGUGAGUUAUGACCCAAGAUCCUGCCUAACCUGCAUUGUUAGGGAUUUACUUAGUCCUGCUGCCCUAUAGGUGGAGUCAUGUCGAUUCUCUGAAGCAUAGUGCUGAGGGCUGUUACGUCCAUCCUUGUGGGGUUUAGUACCUUUUAAGUCACAUAACUCGAGCUGUGUCAGCCUCUCAACUAAAAUGCCCAUUCUUCCGAGGGUCUCCAGCAUAAAGGCCCUGGGAUGGGGCGGACCUGGCUAUUCCCAGGAGGCCUGACUCGAGUACUAAGUGAGUAGUUUUCCAGGUUGUCCCACUGCCAUUCAAGGUCAGGCCUUGAGUGUGUUUGUACUCAGUCCUCAGUCCUAACCCUGGGACUGGCGACUGAUCAGAGGUUGAGAAUUUCUUCCUCCUCCUCAGGCCUCCUUCUCCAGCUGAUUUAGAAUAGUCAAAAAAGGCAUGUCAGAGAACCCAGACAUCCAAUUUGGAUCCCAAAGUUUUCUCAUCUUGGUUUCCCAGCUCCCAGUGGAAGCAUUCCUGAACCAUGUACAUAUUGUUUCACUCACAGAAAGUCUUUCUCUCUGGAUACCUCUGGGUGGCAUUUUCUACUCUGGUUUUUUCCUGUGCACAUAACUAUUAUUGUUGUAAGUCCUUUCUUAAUGGUUAGUGGGACUUGUUAGAAACUGUCUGGGUUUGCAACUUUCUGAGCAGGUGAGUUUGAAUAUGGAUAAGUUAGAAUGAGAACUAUUGUUAAUCGCUUUAGUACUAAAAAUAAACUAGUUCUCUACUUCAGGGACUUUGGUAAUUUAAAAUAAACCUUGAGUUCAUGUUUUUUUAUUUUUAAGCUUGUGGGGAAAGUAUAAUCAAAAGGAUUGUCAGAAUUAUAGACCCCACCAAGGAUUUCUCCUCACCUGUCUUAACUAGUCAACAAAAGAGUGUCCUGGCCAUUAUCCUGAGGUGGAGAGGGAGGUGACGAAGCAUUAGUUUGAGAAAUCUGGAGCCCUGACUCUCUUGUUCUAACUUGCUGUGCAUUUUUGAAAGGGUGUGGAUUUGGGCACCUUUUGUGAACUAACUUCAAUUCCCUCCAUCCAGAUCUGCCUAACUGAACUAUAAGAAAGCAAUUCCAUUUUCUCCACCCCAGGGACUGAACAAAUGGAAAUGACUCCCAGGCAGUCAGCCAGCUGGUCACUGUAGAGACUUUUACAGAAACUUUUGAAUGAUGUGAAACAUGAUGCUGUGCCUCAGGCUGAGCCAGUUAUAGCUCUGCAUUCCUUCUGUGGUUGUCCCCGACGUGACUGAAGUUAGGCCUUAGACUAACUGUAUUGUCCUAGUCACAGCUCCUCACCUUCAUUUCUCCUUUGAUAAAAUGAAGAUGAGACUAUACUCCCCCUCCUCCCGUAUCACCAUUUCGUUAUGAGGUCUCUUGGGCUCAUAAGCCUUCGCCCCGUAAGAAUCAGAUGUGACAUUAAGACAAAGUCUAGAAUAGAAAUAUAGGACUUCCCUGGUGGCGCAGUGGUUAAGAAUCCGCCUGCCAGUGCAGGGGACAAGGGCUGGAUCCCUGGUCCGGGGAGUUCCCACAUGCCCCGGAGCGACUAAGCCCGUGUGCCGCAACUACUGAAGCCUGCGCGCCUAGAGCCUGUGCUCCGCAACAAGAGAAGCCACCUCAAUGAGAAAGAAGCCCGUGCACCUCAAUGAAGAGUAGCCCCCGCUCACCACAACUAGAGAAAGCCCACGCGCAGCAAGGAAGACCCAACGCGGCCAAAAAAUGAAUGAAUGAAUAGAAAUAUACUGGGGAGACAGUAACCCAGGUUUCCUGGCAGGUGCCCUUCCUGCAGAAUUUCUGUUGCUCCCCAGACAGUUCCAGUGAAGAAUUGCAGUUGCAUUUAUUUUAUACUAGCCAGCUCUUAAUUAAGCACAUGAAUGGAGAGGAGCAGUGGUGCACAUAACCCAAAUCAGUGAAUACCAUUUUCUGGUGAAUUACCCACCCCUUUGCCCCUGCUACCCUGAGGGUUACCGUGAUUAUCAACAGCAGCAGGAGCCCUUCCACAGGCUUGGUACAAAAAAACAGUUGAGGUGUUAAUGAGCCUUUUUGCUGGAUGUAAAACAAAGCAUCUUUAACCAGCUGCUCUUACCAAGGCUUUAAAGGAGAAAUUAUGCUCCAGGCAUCUACUAGUGGUAAAGGAAACAGUCAUUCUUAUAUAAUCCAAUCAUCACCCCAGCCUUUCCCCUCUACACCUCUUACACCCACAGGUUUUAAAGCUGUAAAAUUCCUGCAAGAAAUACCAGCUUGUGGGAGCAAAAUGGUAUCUACAUCUAAAUUGGGUUUUAGAAUCUUUGUACUUAUUAUGGCAACAAAUUUUCCUUCCUAGUUCAUUUUCUCUUUUCUAAUAUUAAAAUGUUUUUGCAUUACCUUAGCACAUUCACUCACUAAGCAGUGGGAAAAAAAGUCACGCUGGCAUACAUGAGUGUGAGUGGUGAAGGAAAGCUAACCUAAAAUCAGAGAAGGGAGAGUUGGCAAGAUAUUUGGUAAACUUAGGCCCCUAAGAACACCUGUAGCUUCAGCCCUUUUGCCUCGUCUUGCUAAAAAUUGGGAUGAAAUGGAACUGCCUUGAUGUUUAAAUAUGAUCCUGUGAUUCGAGUGAUUUUCUACAGUGGCUGUGGAUUGCACUGAGCUAAGCACUCUCUAACCUGGUAUCCUAGCAACAAAUGCUAAUGAGAUGGUAGGCUGUGGCUAAAAGAUGCCGUCCAUUACCUAGGGAAAAAAGCGAAAUGGACUCAGCAUAACAUAGAGAUCAAGCCCGAAGAGAUAGCACCUAAUUCCCCUGAGUUAACCAACAAUAAGCCACAAGCUCGGGGAAAUCACACUGAGAUCUCCUUAACUGAUCUCAUAUAAAUAUUAAAAUAAUGGCCUUAUAAGCAUGUAGUGCUUUAUAGUUUAGAAUGCAUUUCAUAUCGUCCAUGUAUACUUCCAGUAACCCUUUGAAACAGCUUUUUUUUUUUUUUUUGAAAUUUAUUAAUUUAUUUAUUUUUGGCUGCAUUAGGUCUUCUUUGCUACAUGGACGGGCUUACUCUAGUUGCGGUGAGCGCGGGGUGGGGCUGCUCUUCGUUGCGGUGCGCAGGCUUCUCAUUGCGGUGGCUUCUCUCGUUGUGGAGCACGGGCUCUAGGCAUGCGGGCUUCAGUAGUUGUGGCACGUGGGCUCAGUAGCUGUGGCUCGCAGGCUUAGUUGCUCCACAACAUGUGGGAUCUUCCCAGACCAGGAAUCAAACCCGUGUCCCCUGCAUUGGUGGGCAGAUUCUUAAACACUGCGCCACUGGGGAAGUCCCUGAAACAGACAGCUGUUAACUCCCAUUUUUAUAGAUGAAUAAGGUGAAACGUGGAGAAAUAACCUGCUAAAAGUGGAAACAACCCACAUGUCCAUCAACUGAUGACUGGGUAAAUGUGGUUUAGCCAUACAACGGGGUAUUACUUGGCAAUAAAAAGGAGCGAAGUACUGAGGUGUCACAACAUGGACGAACCUGGAAAACAUGCCGUGAAGGAAGCUAGUCACAGAAGAUCACAUAGUGUGUGAUUCCAUUUAUAUGAAAUGUCCAAAAUAAGAAAAUAUUCUAUGGAAAUAAAAUAGAUUAGUGUUUUCCUAGGGCUGGGUGUUGGGGGAAAUGGAGAAUGACUGCUAAUGGGUAUGGAGAUUCUUUCUGGGGUAAAGAAAAUGUUCUAAAAUUUAUUAUAGAGAUGGUUGCACAACUGUUUGAAUAUACUAAAUGCCACUGGAUUGUACACUUAACAGGUGAAUUGUAUGCUAUGUGAGUUAUAUCUCAAGUUGGUAUGUUUUUAAAAGGUUAAAAGGAUGUCUUUUUUUUUGGCCAUGCCAUGUGGCAUGCGGGAUCUUAAUUCCCCAACCAGGGAUCAAACCUGUGCCCCCUGCAUGGGGAGCAUGCAGUCUUCCCCACCAGACCACCAGGGAAGUCCUUAGGAUGUCUUAAAUACAGAUACAGAGCAGGUUCAGCACUGUUGACCUUGGUUAAAUCACACUUGUCAGGACAAACCCUGCCUCAGCAGUGUUGGGUUCUCCCCGUCUUGGGCUGGAGGCAGUGCUUCAGUUGUGAUUAGUAGGGUCAGGCCAGUUAAUGGUAGCCUACCAUCUGGCCCGCAGCAUUAGUGGUCUCUGGGAAUAUCUGUUUUGUGGAGAUGAAUGGACCCAAUCAAGUUGAGUCACCAGCCCACAAGUCCCAGGUAAUCAUAUUAAGGGAUCCAGCCUGCUCUGCCUUGUGUUAUUACUUUCUCCCUGUGGAAAGAAAGAAUAUCACACUCCCGGGAGCUAAGUCUGUCGUUUACCCAGUCAGUCAGCAUUUAGUGAGCACCCACAGUGGGCAGAGCUAAUACAGGGCCAGGAUUUUUUUUUUUUUUUAAUAGGAAAGUUCUUCCCUCGAGGGAUCUGCAAGAUGAAUGAAGACAUUCUGUCUGCCCUCUGGGAGCCCUCGAACUGCUGGGGGAGAGAUUCUCAGGUUUCAGUGGUCUCCUAAUCUGUUGGGGAAAUGAGAUUAACUGCCCAAUUUAAGGACACAAAGAUAAGGGACAUCAUCUCGCAAACUGAAGACAUGAGGGCUGUGGGACCUGAGUGUUAAUUAAGGUGUGAGCAAAGCCCAAGUUACUGAUGUCUUAUGAGAGCUGCUGUGGAAGAGGUUGAGGCACAAAAAGAGCAGACCCCAGCGGGAGGGCGGGUGUCCUGAGGGUCUCCGCAAAGGGGGAGAGAGAGGCAGCUUCGGAAUGCAAAGGACUUUCAAGCAAAAGUACCAGCAAGUGUCUGUCCUGAAAGACACUCCCGUCGAGUUGAAUCACAUCUAACAAGCUCACAGGAGCUCAAAAGGGACAGGAGGGAGGGUGGCGGAAGGGUGUCCGUUUUAAGGAUGUAGGAGUGUCUCAGAGCCCCAGGCCUAAGAUUCCCAGCCCUCAAGGCUAGAGCGCUAGGUGACACAGAGACAUCAUCCCUUGCCAUUUGGCGUCUCUGCCUUUGAGUCAAACCUUCUCUUUCACUCCAGUCUGAUUCUCUGCCUCCCAGGCUGCAUGAUGUAAAAUGGUU